AUGGAAAUGACAGACACCAAAAACCCGCCGCCGCCCCCAGCCGCCGCCAACGCCGCCAACGCCUGGGUCGGCCUGGCCGGCCUCAAUGCCGACGCCCGCGACGCCACAGAGGCCGAGCACAGCAUGACCCUCGGGCGGGCCCUGCGCCAGUACCCCAAGGCCUGCUUCUGGAGCGUCGUCGUGUCGCUCGUGGUCAUCAUGGACGGCUACGACACGGCCCUCAUCGGCACGCUCUUUGGCUUCCCCGCCUUCCAGCAGCGCUUCGGCGUCGCCGUCCCGCACUCGGCCACGGGCUUCCAGGUGCAGGCCAAGUGGCAGACGGCGCUCGGCCUGGCCAGCCCGCUGGGCAACCUGGUGGGCAUCGCCCUCAACGGCGUCUGCACGGAGCGCUGGGGCCACAAGCGCACGCUGCUGGGCGCCAUGGCCUGGCUGACGGCGUGCAUCUUCAUCGCCUUCUUCGCGCCGUCCGUCGGCGUGCUGUUUGUGGGCGAGCUGCUGUGCGGCGUGUCCUGGGGCAUCUACACGACGCUGGCGACGGCCUACGCCUCCGAGGUCACGCCCGUCGUGCUGCGCGCCUACCUCGAGACCUUUGUCGUGCUCUGCUGGGGCAUCGGCCAGUUCAUCUCGUACGGCGUGCUCGACGGCCUGACCGGCAACACCACCCAGUGGGCCUGGCGCAUCCCCUUUGCCGUGCAGUGGGCCUUUCCCGUCGUCAUCGUGCCGCUCGUCGUCUUUGCGCCCGAGUCACCCUGGUGGCUCGUGCGCCAGGGCCGCCUCGCCGACGCCGAGCGGUCGGUGCGGCGCCUGACGACGGCCCCCCCGGGAACAUCUGCGUCUGCCAGCGACUACAUGGCCGUCACGGCCCGCAACGCCGUUGCGCUCAUGGUCGAGACCACGCAGCUCGAGCGCGCCAUGACCGAGGGCGCCGCGUGGCUCGACUGCUUCCGUGGCACCAACCUCUGGCGCACCGAGAUCAGCUGCGUCGCCUGGCUGUCGCAGGUCCUCGUCGGCUUCGCCAUCACGUCCUACGCCACCUUUUUCUUUGAGCAGGCCGGCCUGCCCGCGGCCGACGCCUACAAGCUCACCGUCGGCCUCGGCGGCCUGCACUUUUUGUGCAACCUCGCCUCCACCCUCCUCACCGCCCGCCACGGCCGCCGCCCCAUCUUCAUGGCCGGCGCCCUCUGCAUGGGCCUCAUCAUGCUCGUCAUUGGCUUCCUGUCCGUCGCCCAGGACGCCCGCGGCGGCUCCGCCCGCAGCUACGGCUUCGCCGGCGCCGCCUUUUACUUUUUGUGGUACGCCUGCUACCAGCUGACCGUCGGCCCCAUGGCGUUCAUCAUCGUCGCCGAGACCUCGUCGACGCGCCUGCGCAGCAAGACCAUCGCCCUCGCGCGCAACACCUACAACGUCGGCGUCAUCUGCUCGUCGACCGUCGCGCCCUACGUCCUCGGCUCCACCGAGGGCAACUGGAAGGGCAAGUCGGGCUUCCUCGCCGCCGGCUUCGCCCUCCUCAUCCUGGUCUGGUCCUACUUCCGCCUGCCCGAGUGCAAGGGCCGCACCUACGAGGAGCUCGACGUCCUCUUUGCCAAGAACCUGCGCGCCCGCGACUUUGCGUCGUACAAGUUUGACCGGGAGCUCGACGUCGAGCGCAAGAUGGGUGACGCCGAGCACAUAGAGUAG